UGUGCUGAGCGAGAAAGGCGCACUGAGAUUACUCACUUCCGAUCAAUGGCGUCGAAACGGAACAUUCACAUAAACAAACCAGGAUAAGAUCGGCCCUACAAUUCUGGAUACGUGAGCACGGAACUACAGGGAUUAUUGUCUAUAAACACAUCGAGCACGGGCACUUAAAACGCAACUAACAUUGACGCGGUGACGGAGAUUUACAUUUCCAAGAAUGAGUGUUGAACUGACUCAGGUCACACCUCGCCUUCCAGACGGGGCGGAGAAAGGCCAAGACAACCCGGCUUAUCUUAACACAAGUAUUGACAAUCUCCAAAAUACACCAAAAGAGAGUGAAACGAGGCAUCGAAAUAACAGCCCUGAAUAUGAUCCCGAAAACCAGGAUUAUGAAAUGAAUGGCUGUCAAAGUGCCAUCACAUCAGCACAAACAGCGGUGAUUACUAUUUACCAGGAAAACCCAGCACUGAUAUGGAGAAUCAUUGCUAUUGUUGUGUUUGUGCUAUACAUGGGGUAUUUUGCCUAUGCUAUGUACUGUCAAUUUGGAGAUGAAGGUUCUAUCAGACUUCUGGUUGGGACAGUACUUGCUGUGUUACUCAUCGUGGUGAAUCUGGUGUGGGACUCCAUCAAGGCCCCGUUUGAAGCAUGUGGAAAGGCGUUAGCAGACAAUGCCAGAAGAAUGAAAAUAGUCAGAUGGGUGCUGUAUGUGGUGUGUGUAAUUGCCAUCAUCAUAAUCCUGGUGAUUGAGGUGGCGAUACCAACUCCCAAGAACCUGAUAUCCCUCGCAGGUCUGGCUGCCUUCAUCUUCUUGUGCUUCAUCUCCUCCAGAGACCCUGGAAGGGUUGACUGGCACCCGGUGUUCUGGGGACUGGCACUGCAGUUCUUCUUCGCGGCCAUCAUCUUGCGGACGCAGUGGGGGUAUAAUGGGUUCAAGUGGCUUGGCGAUCGAAUCACAGAAUUCCUGGCCCACACCGAUGCUGGAUCUAAGUUCGUCUUUGACAAUACGUCAGUCCAUUUCUUUGCAUUUUCUAUCAUGCCUGUGGUCACCUUCUUCAGCGCCUUCAUCUCCAUCACAUACUACCUGGGCGUCAUGCAAGCUAUUGUCAAGGUCUUUGGACGGUUUCUCUCCUUCUGUCUGGGAACCACACCAGCGGAGUCACUGAAUGCUGCUGGAAAUAUUUUUGUCGGCAUGACGGAAGCUCCUCUGAUGAUCAAGCCAUUCCUGGAUACUAUGACAAUAUCUGAGCUCCAUGCAGUGAUGACAGGAGGAUUCGCUACAAUUGCGGGCAGUGUGCUUGGAGCUUACAUAGGCUUUGGGGUUCCCCCCAACCAUUUACUGUCAGCGUCAGUGAUGUCGGCACCAGCGGCUUUGGCCAUCUCUAAACUAAUGUGUCCGGAGACGGAAAGGACGGCAUCCACGUCGGAAGACUAUAACAAGAUGAAGAAAGGGCAGCAGCGAAACCUUAUAGAGGCAGCUUCCGAGGGUGCCACAACGUCCAUCGGUCUCAUCGCCAACAUCAUCGUCAACGUCAUAGCCUUUCUCGCUCUCCUCGCCUUCGUCAAUGCCACACUUACCUGGUUUGGAAACCGGGUUGGUGUAGAAGAAUUUACAUUUGAGUUCAUUUGUUCCUACCUGCUGUACCCAGUUGCCUGGUUCAUGGGUACACAACCAGCUGACUGUCGUCGUGUGGCGGAGCUGGUGGGCGUGAAGACCUUCACGAACGAGUUUAUCGCCUACAAAUCUCUCCAGGAACUGUUGCAAAACAGACAGACGUUCCUGAACUACACAGAGACCUACGGCUACAAGGACGAGUGGUACUGGGAUGACCAAGCUGUUGUUCUUACUCAGUGGAAUAUGACGCUUAAGAGAGGAUUCAUGGAGGAACGCUCAGAGGUCAUAUCAACGUAUGCAUUAUGUGGGUUUUCCAACGUCGGGUCGAUGGGCAUCCUUCUAGGUGCAUUAUCGGCGCUUGCUCCGUCUCGGAAGAAAGACCUUGCCUCCAUAGUCCUCAGGGCAAUGAUAGCAGGAAAUGUCGCAUGCUUUUUGACAGCAUGUAUAGCGGGUUUGUUUUUCCGAGAAUUCUGAGCCACCAGUGAGGAACCAUAUACUAGUGGGUUCGGCAACCAAGCAACCUUUGAGAUCUGCAUACUCUAUGCACCAUCGUACUCGACAAAUAUGAACAAUGGCAGGAAGGAUGCAUAAUACCGGUUUAUAAUAUUCUAUACAUGACGCAUUGGAUAAUCAGUACAAUGUGGUUCGCUCAUAUGUUUAGUGUUUUCCAAAAUAGGAGUGAUUGUAUAAAUAUUUGUUAGAUGAAAUAUGGACGACAGAGUGCCGACGUCAGUUACGAAACCUACUUAAUCGUGAGAGAGGAUAUCCUGGACCGUAAUAUAACUUCUGAAAUUACAAAUAUUUAUGAUAUUGUUUAGAAACUUACAUAUCAACUUGAAAACCAACCACCACAACUACAAGCAACAACUGCCAUCCGCGUACUUUAGAACAAUUGGGCAGUGGUUGACUGGGGCAGUAACUUGUCAUUGAGGAGUGCUGUUUAAGAGGUUUAAAUGAAACUGCAGGUUUUCUUUUUUACAUAUUCACAACCAUCAAACCUCUCCAAAAUCACUCUUUGAAAAGUAAAGUUGGUUGAAUGUAAAUUAAAGCGUUAACGUUGUUUGAAUAACUUGUUUCUGCUCAAAGAAAGCAAGACUGCAAAAUCACUUCAGACAGAUAAAAUAUGUGAAGCGAGAAAUCCAUGUUCAUUAUCACAAGAAAUCAUUCCAAAUUUGUACGUCAGAGCACCGUAUGACCAUUGACAUUGACUCAUUAUCUUACUUGACCUUGAAUCAUAAUUAUAUUUGACCUUGAAUCAUAAUCUUACUUGACCUUGAAUCAUACUCAUAAUUGACUUUGAAUCAUAACCCCUGUCCCUUGGUAUUUGAAUCUUUAGGAAAGUUUGAUAACAUGUACAGAGGCAUACUUUAUCUUAAAUAAUAAUUUCAGGAAAAUAUUCCUUGAUACUCAUUUUCGAAUUAUUUAAAUAGGAUAAACUACACGAGUUUUAAUCAUUCUUUUUAUACCAGAAAAUUUGCUCAAAUGUAUAAUUCCCCUCUAUUCAGUGCUGCUUAUAUAUUUUAUGUUGUGCUGCUAUUACCAUGUUCCAUAGACACAUAUGAACAGGCAGUUGAAGUCAUGAUCUAGAUGGUUAUAGCAAUACACAUGUAGCACACUGCCCAUGGUAACACGAUAUGUAACAUAAGUUCGUGAUGUUUAUAUGGUUUUAUGCAUGUUUUAUAAUAAAACUUUCUGUAAGUGA